CAAAAUCCAAACCAACCCAAACUGUCGAACAAAAACACAAACACUCCCCAAAUUCUCAUCAAUAGAUGGCACUUCCUCAACACCUCCCAGAACUAGAAGCCCCCUUAUCCUACACCACACCCAAUCCUUAAAAUGCGCACCCUCCUCACUCUCAGGCCACCACAACCUUCACCACCACCAUGUCUCUUCAGCUCCACAUUUCUCUUCAGCUUCAGACCCAACAAGCGGUUUCACUUCCUCACACCUUGCUCUUCUCUAAAGCAGACCAAGAAGCAGAAUAGAAGUACUGCCCCUAGCACUGCCCCACAGAGUCUCAGGUGGUUCUUUAGCAAUCCAAGGAGUGAAGAAGAAGGUAGUGGAGGCGGUGCUGGUGGUGGUGGAGGUGGUGGUGAUAAGAGAGGAGGAGAUGGUGAAAAGGGUGGUGAGUUGGAGUUGGAAGGUGACACUGCAAUUAAAGGUACCAUCUUGGCUGGUGUUUUGCUGGUGGGUGUAGUUGGUGGCUUUGCCACUGUUGGGUAUGUCUACAAGGACCAGAUUAAUGCCUACUUGACUCAAUUUUCUACUUUCAUCGAAGGUUAUGGCCCAGCUGGAUAUGCUUUAUUUGUAGCGGUUUAUGCAGGACUGGAAAUACUUGCGAUUCCAGCCAUUCCUUUGACCAUGUCAGCUGGUCUUCUUUUUGGUUCUCUUAUCGGCACUAUCAUUGUCUCCAUCAGUGGAACAGUGGCAGCAAGUGCAGCCUUUUUAAUUGCUAGAUACUUUGCUCGAGAGCGGAUUCUUAAACUGGUCGAAGGAAACAAAAAAUUUCUAGCAAUUGACAAAGCAAUUGGAGAAAAUGGCUUCAGAGUUGUUACCCUACUUCGUUUAAGCCCUUUACUUCCAUUUUCUUUGGGAAAUUAUCUAUAUGGAUUGACAUCCGUGAAGUUUGUACCAUACGUAUUGGGAAGUUGGUUGGGGAUGCUUCCAGGAACAUGGGCUUAUGUGAGUGCUGGUGCAUUUGGGCGGGCAAUUAUUCAAGAAGAAUCUGAGAUUGGUUUACCUGGAGGAAAUGGUCAGCUAUUGACACUUGGUCUAGGACUAUUGGUCACAGCAAUUGCUGCAGCUUAUGUGACACAGCUUGCUAAGGAUGCCGUAAAGGAUAUUGAUGAGUAGAACAAGAAGAAAAUGGUUUUGCCCAAUUUAUUGGAUAACAAUUGAAAUUGUAAACUUUAACAGAUGCAUCUGUCUUGUAAAUUGUAGUACGUUACUUAAUCAAAUCAAAUAGGAACUUUUGAUUUAUUAUAUAUAUCAUCUAUAAAAUGCUU